ACUACUCUUCUUCUUCUCCAUUGAUAGUUUCCCAAAGCGAAGCUUCUUCAAUCUUCCUCGUUACAAUAGCGAAAUUCCUAGAGUGUCCAAUGGAGGCAGUAAUCAAGAAAUGGCAGCAGAAGUUCAGAAAAGGAAAGGAGGAGAUGGAAAAGUGGGAUGCACUUCAAGUUCGUUGGGCUUCCCUCUUCAGAAACGUUUCUUCUAUCAUUCAGAGAUUACAGGAAAUGCAAAAUCAUGGGAGCUAUGGAGCUUUAAGAUGCAUGAAAGGGAUUGAAGACGCAGUUGUGCAGCAACAGAUGGAUCAACUGGACACUCUAUUGCGUUCCUUGAGAAACGUCUUGGAAGAAUUCUGGAGCUGUGUUUUGACACUAGAGAAGCUACAUCGAGACGGUUUGCAUUUACUAGAAGUUGAAUCAAGCAAGAGGCGAGUAGAGGAACGAAUUGGAGUAAAACCUUGCAUUGCUGAUUGCUUAGAGGGGCUGUCUAUCCUCUAUGACAUGCAUCAAUCAGAAUACCAUCUCAAAUCUUCAAUUCUUUCGGCACUUACGUGUCUUAUCCUGAAACCAAGUCCUGGUGAUCUAAACGCGCUACAGUACCUCGUGGUUGAUCAGCCGAAUAUCCCAAAAGAUGAAGUACAACACAUUUUCGAUGUCAUAUUCGCGGAAGAGAUCAAAUGAUGUCAAGGGGGAACUAAUCUCUCCGGAUAUGCUAUUAAGAUUUAUCUUAUAAUAUGUUUUUUUUGUUUGUUUUUAUAGUGAGAAAAGUUUGUUGAAGUAAAUGAUGUGCUGAAAAGUCAUAGAACGUGGAAAGUUACAUUUGAAAAGUUUGAAAAA